ACUCCUGGCAGAUUCAUGCGCUCAACGUGCAAAUCAACAAGGUAUCGUGCCCGCGCUGGCUUCGACUUGUUUGCUGAAGUAACACCUUUAUUUCCUCAAAAUGGAGCAAUUAAAAACCAUGCGGAGGAAAAUAUCGACAGAGAGUGAGCACAGCUACCAAUUGAACGACCCGGAACCUAAAUUCACGGCUCAAUACCUCGGCAAAAAGUUCAUUUUAGAAGAGGAAUUCCACCCAAGUAAAGGCUACCCUAUCACUGCUAAGUAUGCCAACAUUCUUACACGAGAAUGUCCAGAAAGAAAGGCAAGAAAAAUGGAGUUAUUAAUAUCUAGGAAUAUUCAUCGCGGACUUUGCGUGACAGAUCCAACGGGGAAAACACCAGAGGAAACAUUUCAACUCCAGAACAUUGCUUUCUGCACUACAAUUAAACAGAAUAAGAAGCUGUUUUCGUUUAUAGCUGAAGUAGAAGGAAAGCUGGAAUGCCACGUGUUUACGUGCAGCAAAGAGGCCAAAGCUAAGGCUAUUUGCGUUGCGCUUUCUCGUGCGUUUUUGUCGGCUCACGCAGACUGGACGCGGAAGAGAGAGAGAUCGAUGAAGAAGAAAGAGAUAGAUUCUGCGGUAGCCAAAGUUCAAACUGACAUCAUGCGCACAGCUCUUGAAGAUGAACGGCAAUAUUUAGGCGGAGAUGAUGAGAACGUGACCAUUGAAGAUGACCUGGAGGAUCUGGAAAAUGACUUGGAAGUCAUGAAACUGUUACAUGGUCACUGCAGUGUUGAAGACUGAUCCUCCCCUCCCAUGGUUGUAAAACAUGGCAAAACAAGAUAUGGAACAUCCAGUAGUGGUGGUAUCUACAGCUCUCAUUGUAGUCGCUUUUAAAGACAGAGGCGCUAAGAGAAUAUAUCAAAGACGGAGAAUAGAGUAAAGACGGGUACCAUAAGGUCGAGGUUCUCGGGCCGACGAAAACCCGAAAGUGCAACGAACGAGCGCCGCCGAAAACCCGAAAGUGCGAUGAACGAGCGCCGCCGAAAACCCGAAGGUGCGAUGAACGAUACCAUACGAGAGGGUAAGAAGUGUGCGCGACUUGAUUCAUGCAAGGCCAAUUGAAGUCUGGGAGCGACUAGCCUAUGACUUUCAGGGAAUGAUUUAUGAAGAUCUGAUUUAGAUCUUGACUUGUAUCGUAUAGUUCCUGGACGUUCUACGGUUGUAUUCGAAAAUCUUGUCUCAAGAAAAGCUUAUUGAUUGUGGCUAACAGGAUUUAAGAAGGUUGUUGGGGCGUGGCAGGACGGAAGGGCUCAAGCCGAAUGUAAUAAAUACAGGACUGGUCUAACGUUGAGAAAUCCUGUCUACGCCCCUGCGAAAAACGUGGUGUCUAAAAGGGUUAAGCAAAUAGGUUAUGAAGGUUGUGAAGAAAUGGAAAAGAAAAUUACAUAGCACACAGCGCCAGAAAGGAAAGCUUAAAUCUUUUGUUUUAUUAUUACUUAUCGUAACCUAUAUAAAGUGACUUAUUUAUAUGAGUUAA